AUGCAUCUACAGUGGCUCCCCGCGUUGUUGGUCGCUUUGUCCUCCACAGGCACCGCCUUCCCGAAUUCGCAACCGUUUAAAGAAGCAUUAAGAGCAACACGAUCUUCUGGAAAUGAGUCUCUUGAGGUUGACCUAGGCUAUGGAAUUUACCAAGGUUCAACUAAUACCACUACUAGGAUCAAUACAUGGAGAGGAAUUCGAUACGCUGCACCCCCGAUUGGUACUCGGCGCUGGCAGCGACCAGAGCCUCCAGCAAUCGAUCGAAGCGCGACUAUCCAGGCAGAUAGAUAUGGUCCUAUCUGCUAUCAAUCUCCGUUCUCUGGAGCUCCUAACUUUGGCGCAAUCACCGCCGAGAUAUCCGAGGAUUGUCUUUUUCUCAACGUCCAAGGUCCAGCAAAUGCGACAAAGCUGCCUGUUCUUGUUUGGAUCCACGGAGGUGGAUAUGGAGUCGGCAAUGGCCAGACAGACUUUACAGAUCUCAUUACUGUUAACGACAACCGCUUUAUAGUCGUUUCCAUACAGUACAGACUUGGUGCAUUUGGAUUCUUGGCUUCCGAUGAACUAGUAAGAAACGGCGUUGCUAAUGCAGGGUUGCUCGAUCAGAACUUUGCUCUACAAUGGGUACAGGAAUACAUAAGUAAUUUUGGCGGGGAUCCUUCAUCAGUAACAAUAUCUGGAGUCAGUGCCGGAGGCGGCUCUGUCAUGCUUCAAGAUAUGGCCUAUGGUGGAUCAUUGGGCGAGUCUUUGUUCAGGAGCUCAAUUGCUGCAUCUCCAUAUCUUCCCAAGCAAUACGCUUUUAACCACUGGGUACCUACGCAGUCUUACUACGCCUUUGCCGAAGCAGCAGGAUGUCCGGUGGGUGCUUACAGGAGCGCAAACGAGACAAUCUUCGACUGCUUAGUCUCAAGAGAUACGGCGACACUGUCGAACGCAUCCGCAGAGGUCAGCACUACGGGUACAUUCGGUACAUGGGGUUUCCUCCCCGUCACAGAUGGAGUCUUCGUCCAGGAUGUACCAAGCCGUCAACUUCUUGACAAGCGCUUAAACGGCCGCAGUCUUCUAGUAGGAAACAAUGCCAACGAAGGUCCUCUCUUUACGCCACAAAACAUCACAUCAGAAUCGGACUUCCUCGAGUGGCUCGGAAAUGUGUUGCCUGAACUUCAAGAGGACGACAUUGCUAAAGUUCUAGAUUAUUAUCCAAGCAUCAGCAGCGUGGACAGAUCCAGCAGCGAUUUAUUUGCAACCUCUGGGUACGCUGAGCCAAGUGCGUUGGGCCAAAGCUCGAUUGCGACUGGCCCACAGCAGCGAGCGAAUAACCUCUAUGCUGAGUUGACAUUCGUAUGCCCGUCGUAUUGGAUGGCCGAAGCGUAUUCUGGCCAAGGGCACACAGCUUUCAAGUACCAGUUCAGCCCUUUACCAGGAACCCAUGGCGCUGAUCAGGAAGGCUACCUGGGCCCGCUCGGUCGAUCGCUAAUUCUCAGCGCUGACUUUCAACGAGCCUUCAUGACAAUGUGGGGCAAUUUUAUCACCCACCAAGACCCGUCCAUCUCGAACGAGCUAGCAGUUGGAGCUCUGUCCAACGAGCCAGUGCAGGCUAACCCUGCCUCGACCUGGCCUAUGUUCUCAAAUGCAUCACCCUACCAGCUGAAUCUAAACCAGACAGGCGGCAUUGAGGCUGUAGGAGGAUUGGAAGUCGGCUCACUAACCCCCACUAGCUACCUGACUGGUCCAGGAUUGCGGAACAAUUUCACACUUGCGAACGCGUACACAUGGGAAGCAGGUCGUGGCAUACGAUGUGAUUUCUGGCGAGGUGUAGCCCCAAUCAUUCCGGCGUGA